AUGAAAACCGAAAUAUCUUGGAAACGUCGAUUUCUGCGAAAAAAAUUGAAAUUUACAUUGAUUUGUGUGUUUAUGGUUGCUAUCAUUUUCGUUGGUUAUCAGUUAUUUUAUUAUAAAGAACUUAAUCAAGCGAUCGUAGGAAAAUUAAUUAGUGGCUCUGUACGAUCAUCUAAUUAUAUUAUUUCUGAUAAAGUGCAUUCAAAAUGGAAUCGUUCAUUGCAUUCUAAACUUCUUGGCGAUAAGGAAGGUCGAACUGUGUCGUUGCGUGGAACACGUGAUCAAGAUAUUUCAAAAUACCUGCCAAAUGUGCGAGGAAAAUUUGUCUGUUUUGCUUCAAAAGAUCAAAUAGAGUUUACUAAAAUUAACGACAAUUAUUGUGACUGUCCUUUGGAUGGUAGUGAUGAACCUGGUACUAAUGCAUGUAACAAUGGUGUUUUUAAUUGUGAAAUAACGUCCUCACAAUUUACAGCAAAAAUACCAUCUUAUAAAGUUAAUGAUGGAUAUUGUGAUUGUUGCGAUGGAUCUGAUGAGUGGGCUGAAGUUAAAUUAUCACAUUUAAAUAAUGAAUCUGGGAGUAUAAUUUACUACCGUACCAAAUGUCAAAAUAAAUGCUAGUAAAAUAUAAUAAAACAACG